AUGGUAUCGAAAACCACGCGAGUUGCUACUGCAGCAGCAAGCAGAGCGGCUACACGCAUGCGUGCGGCCGCGGAAAGUGCCUCUCAAGACUCGUCAGCGCGCGCCGGUACCUCAAAUCGUAAUCCAGACGAGUCUGAGAUAGAGCUCAUCUAUUCUGGCAAUUCGGAUGAUGCAUCCGACUCGAAGGCGACUCCUCACGCCUCGGGAUCACCCGGGGCGGACACUGCAAGAGCCAGGUUGACUGGAUCUGGUCAACGCGGCGGUAUUGUGACCGAGAACUUCGGAUCGAGUGAUUAUUCCGAUGAAUCUCCGCCUCACACAAGUCCAUUCAACGAUAGGACGCGUGGGGAUGGUGGUGAUGCACCUACACAUCACCAAGAGCGAAGUAACUCAAGGGAUCGGGGUAACACUGGUGCUAGUGCUCAUGCUGGCACCAAAUCAAGAGGCCAGGAACCGAAAUGUCCUGCACCGCGCUCCCCAAGUGGAGUCUCCAUGGAUGCCGCCAUCCAGAGAGUUGGAACGGUUGGCCGGCACGACUACCGAACGGAACCGAAUCCGGUUUUCGAUUGCAGGAAUAUUUGCCUAGCCGAUUCCAGCACGGAAACUAUCCGUGCUAAGAAAGUGUUCUUCACUGAUGCGUUCUUUAAACAUCGGUGGUACAAUGAUAGCCGUGUUCGGGACGGCAAAGCCUUGGUGUAG